AUGGCCGCUAAAAUCAAGCUCUACACUAACCAUGGCUGUCCUUGGGCCCAUCGUGCUCAUAUUGCCCUUGCUGAGCUCGGCAUUCCGUACGAGGAGGAAAUCAUUGACCUCUCUGUCCCUCGCACUGCCGAGUACCUAGCCAUCAAUCCCCGCGGCCUCGUUCCCAGUUUGUCCUACAAUGGCGAGAUCAUCACUGAAUCUGCCGUUGUUUCCCAAUUUCUCGCCGACGCGCACCCGUCGCACCUCGUGCCGACGGCCGGCACACCAGACGCCGCUCUCCAGCGCGCCCGCAUCGGCUUUUUUGUCGAUACGUACUUUACCAAAGCCAACAGCCUGAGCACCAAGGUAGCAUUUGCCAAGACGGAUGCUGAGGCGGAAGAGGCCGCGGCCGAAUUCGUCAAGCAGGUUGCCAAGGAGGUUGAGCCACUACUGGCCGAUGCGGCACCUUACUUUGGAGGCAGCAAGACGUUGACAUUGGCCGAGGUUCUCACCGGUUCGUUCUUGCUGAGACUGUUCGCAUUGCCCAAGCACGGCGUCGUGACGGACAGCCUUGUCAAAGACUUGCCUACCAAGACCCCCAACUUUUACAAGUGGGCAUCAAAGGUCAUUGAGCACCCCAGCGUCACGGGGAUUUGGAAUGAAGAGAAGGUUGUUGCUGGAACUAAGGCGCGUCUGGAGAAGCUCAAGGCUUCAGCUUGA